CUCAUGAUCACACACACAAUUUCGCCAUUUUUAAACUGCAUUACUUUCAGAAUUUCACGUAAACGAUAACUCAUCAGUUAUUCUUCAUGCAUGUAUGUGUGUGUGUAGGUUUAGUUUAGUUUAGUCUUUAGUUUAGUUUAGUUUAGUUUAGUCUUUAUUUUCUCGCUCGUUGAGUGUGUUUGAGGCGGUGGCUGAGAUGUCAAACACUGAAAACUUGAACAAACUCUUGAAUCACUUGACUGAUCAUCUUUAUUAACAACAUGAACACGAUCUGUUCACUCUUGAUCAUCUCUUUAUUCAUCAACGGUGUGUUUGGUGAUACAGUGACAGUGAAUGAAGGAGGUUCUGUGACUCUACACACUCGUACUGGCAUAUGGAGCUAUGAUGACGUGAUCGAGUGGAGGUUUAAAGGCGAUCUCAUAGUUCGGCAUCGCAUCAACAGACCGUUCUACUACAGAGAGAUCACCAGUGAACCAGUUUAUGAGCCUGAUGAGAGAUUUACUGACAGACUGAAGAUGAACCCUCAGACUGGAGAUCUCACCGUCACAAACAUCACAUCUGAACACACUGGACUUUAUCAACUAUACAUCAUCAGCGGAAAGAGAGGAGGAGGACAUUAUAGUUCAUUUUCUACAUUCAGUGUCAGUGUGUUUGGUGAUACAGUGACAGUGAAUGAAGGAGGUUCUGUGACUCUACACACUCGUACUGGCAUAUGGAGCUAUGAUGACGUGAUCGAGUGGAGGUUUAAAGGCGAUCUCAUAGUUCGGCAUCGCAUCAACAGACCGUUCUACUACAGAGAGAUCACCAGUGAACCAGUUUAUGAGCCUGAUGAGAGAUUUACUGACAGACUGAAGAUGAACCCUCAGACUGGAGAUCUCACCGUCACAAACAUCACAUCUGAACACACUGGACUUUAUCAACUAUACAUCAUCAGCGGAAAGAGAGGAGGAGGACAUUAUAGUUCAUUUUCUACAUUCAGUGUCAGUUUGUCUCCUGAAGUGAAGAUAGUGAAAGAGAGAGAUUCUGUCACUCUACACGUUGAUGUUCCUGACAGACAGAGAAAUGACCAGAUACACUGGAAGAUCAAACACAACAACUCUCCUGUAGCUGAAAUCAUUAGAGAGAAUGGAAAGAUCUCAACACAUUUGAUUGAAGAGAGAUUCAGAGACAGACUGAAGCUGGAUGAUCAGACUGGAUCUCUCACCAUCACACACAUGAAGAAUGAAGACUCUGGACCGUAUGAAGCAGACGUCACCAUCGGCAGAAUCACACACACUAUACACAAGACAUUCAGUGUCACUGACUCAGGUGUGUUUGGUGAUACAGUGUCAGUGAAUGAUGGAGAUUCUGUGACUCUACACACUCAUCUUACUGACAUACAGAGAGAUGAUGUGAUCAAGUGGUGGUUUAAAGACGAUCUCAUAGCUAGAAUCAACAGAGAGGUCAACAACAGUGAUCCAGUUUAUGAGCCUGAUGAGAGAUUUACUGACAGACUGAAGAUGAACCCUCAGACUGGAGAUCUCACCAUCACAGACAUCACAUCUCAACACACUGGACUUUAUCAACUAGAGAUCGUCAGCAAACGGACAGAAACAAAGCUUCAAACAUUCAGUGUCAGUUUGUCUCCUGAAGUGAAGAUAGUGAAAGAGAGAGAUUCUGUCACUCUACACUUUGAUGUUUUUGAUUUACAGAGAAAUGACCAGAUACACUGGAAGAUCAAACACAACAACUCUCCUGUAGCUGAAAUCAUUAUAGUGAAUGGAAAGAUCUCAACACAUUUGAUUGAUGAGAGAUUCAGAGACAGACUGAAGCUGGAUGAUCAGACUGGAUCUCUCACCAUCACACACAUGAAGAAUGAAGACUCUGGACCGUAUGAAGCAGACGUCACCAUCGGCAGGAUCACACACACUAUACACAAGACAUUCAGUGUCACUGACUCAGGUGUGUUUGGUGAUACAGUGUCAGUGAAUGAUGGAGAUUCUGUGACUCUACACACUCAUCUUACUGACAUACAGAGAGAUGAUGUGAUCAAGUGGUGGUUUAAAGACGAUCUCAUAGCUAGAAUCAACAGAGAGGUCAACAACAGUGAUCCAGUUUAUGAGCCUGAUGAGAGAUUUACUGACAGACUGAAGAUGAACCCUCAGACUGGAGAUCUCACCAUCACAGACAUCACAUCUCAACACACUGGACUUUAUCAACUAGAGAUCGUCAGCAAACGGACAGAAACAAAGCUUCAAACAUUCAGUGUCAGUUUGUCUCCUGAAGUGAAGAUAGUGAAAGAGAGAGAUUCUGUCGAUCUACACAUUGAUAUUCCUGACAAACAGAGAAAUGACCAGAUACACUGGAAGAUCAAACACAACAACUCUCCUGUAGCUGAAAUCAUUACAGUGAAUGGAAAGAUCUCAACACCUUUUAUUAAUGAGAGAUUCAGAGACAGACUGAAGCUGGAUGAUCAGACUGGAUCUCUCACCAUCACACACAUGAAGAAUGAAGACUCUGGACAGUAUGAAGUAAAUGUCACCAUCGGACACACACACACUAUACACAAGACAUUCAGUGUCACUGACUCAGGUGUGUUUGGUGAUGAGACUGAUACAGUGUCAGUGAAUGAUGGAGGUUCUGUGACUCUACACAAUCCUUUUACUGACAUACAGACAGAUGAUCUGAUACUGUGGAGGUUUAGAGGUGUUCGCAUAGCUAAAGUCAACAGAGCGGCCUACAGUGAUCCAGUUUAUGACCCUGCUGAGAGAUUUACUGACAGACUGAAGAUGAACCCUCAGACUGCAGAUCUCACCAUCACAAACAUCACAUCUGAACACACUGGACUUUAUCAACUAGAGAUCGUCAGCAAACGGACAGAAACAAAGUUUCAAACAUUCAGUGUCAGUUUGUCUCCUAAACUGAAGAUAGUGAAAGAGAGAGAUUCUAUCACUCUACACAUUGAUAUUCCUGAAGAACAGAGAAAUGAGAAGAUACACUGGAAGAUUAAACACAACAAGUCUCCUGUAGCUGAAAUCAUUACAGUGAAUGGAAAGAUCUCAACACCUUUUAUUGAAGAGAGAUUCAGAGACAGACUGAAGCUGGAUGAUCAGACUGGAUCUCUCACCAUCACACACAUGAAGAAUGAAGACUCUGGACCGUAUGAAGCAGACGUCACCAUCGGACACACACACACUAUACACAAGACAUUCAGUGUCACUGACUCAGGUUUGUCUCCUGAAGUGAAGAUAGUGAAAGAGAGAGAUUCUGUCACUCUACACAUUGAUGUUACUGAUGAACAGAGAAAUGACCAGAUACACUGGAAGAUCAAACACAACAAGUCUCCUGUAGCUGAAAUCAUUACAGUGAAUGGAAAGAUCUCAACACAUUUGAUUGAAGAGAGAUUCAGAGACAGACUGAAGCUGGAUGAUCAGACUGGAUCUCUCACCAUCACACACAUGAAGAAUGAAGACUCUGGACCGUAUGAAGCAGACGUCACCAUCGGAAACACACACACUAUACACAAGACAUUCAGUGUCACUGACUCAGGUCACUCAUCAGGUGUGAUUCCAGUAAUGUGUGUUUCUCUUCUCCUCCUGGUUAUUGCUGCUGUUGUUGGUGUUGUGAUCUACCGUCGCCGCAAAAUGAGACAUCGAGAUUCCAACAGAGGAGAAGCGUCGAUGGAGACGAAUGAGCCUUUGAGGAAUAGAGACGCCAGCAAUGGUGAUGUGCCUUCAGUGUAACGAUCAACAUUACACACCCAUCACAAUAACACACAUCAAUAAGUUCACAAAUGUGUCUGUGUGUGCUGUUGACAAUGUAAGAGAUAAAUGACACAAUUAACUGUAUGAGAUAUUGUCUGAGAGAUGGGACAGAAAAGAGAAGAAAGGUAGAAGAGAGAAGCCCAGAGCUCAGGUAAAGGUGAAGAGGUGAAGUCAGGGCGAAUCCAAGAGCAGAUCUCAAGGAGAGCAGCCCAAAGGAAAAGAAGAGUCCGAGCUCCCAGCGAAGAGCUUCCAGGGAGAUGAAGAGCUAAAGCAUCUCACGUUUCCUUUUUCUCCUUUCCUUGACCAUGUGACUAAAGCUAACACGAUACAUUUCAAUUGACCAAUCAGGAGACCAUCUUUAGCACCCACUGUAGUGGUUGAUCACAAUCGGCACCCCUAUCGUCUCUAGAAGUCCAAAUGGUGCCUUUUGGGCCGAAAAUGGAUGUUGAGACAGCAAUGAAUUUCUGUUAUUUUUUCAACCUUACCAGAAAAAGAUUUCUCUUUGAUUUGCCAACAACAUCAACAUUUUUCAAUAGAGUUGAAUUAAAAUCAAGCAAAUCAUCAGUAAAUAUCAGAUUUCACACCAGUUGCAUUGCAUGUAAUAUCUGUGACUUUAUACUCACACCUGCAAACCCAGGGGAUUGCACAUACUUAGAAACAAAUGUAUAGGAUAAUGCAAUGUAAGUCGCUUUGGAUAAAAGCGUCUGCCAAAUGCAUAAAUGUAAAUGUUCUGUAUCAUACAGCUUUGAUUUAUCUGAAGGUUUAUAUCAAAUGCAUGCUCCAUAUAUAAUUUUUCUCUCAUAGAACGACUUUCUGUCAGUGUAAUUUAUAUCUAACAUCUUAAAUGUGUUAAAUGAGUUUUCAUUUGGAUUUAGUUCUGAUAUACAUCUUUACAGUAUAUUAUACAACAUUCACUCUCAGUUUAUUAGCGUAAAACAGCAUGACAGCUUUAAAGCACUUGACUCAAUCCUGCUAAUGAACUAACCCAGAAAUAUAUUUAUUAUUUACAGUUUAAUUUCUUAAAAUGAAUCCCUUCAUCUCUGUUUGUACUCUUCUGAACUAUUACACUGUUACUGUUUCGAAUUCAAGGUGAUAUACUGCUUGCUCCGUUGAACUAUGUCAAAUUAAAGCCUUGGCUAA